AUGUUGGAUGUUGUACAAAACCUGGUUGAUGUUGAUGAUGAUCACUUACAUUUUCUGGCAUUGCUAGUGUGGAAACAAAGAAAUGACAAGUAUUGUGUGAAGGCGGGGGCGCGGCUGGACGCGGGGCUGCCGGAGGCGGAGGAGCGCGCGGGGCGGCGGCGAGUCGCCCGGCUGCGGGAGGCGGCGGAGCGCGAGCGGCGGCUGGAGGCGGCGGCGCUGCGGGCAGAAGAGAUCAGAAAACAGAGAGAGCUGCAGCUGGAGCAGGAAGAACGGCUAGCGGCUGAACUGGCGAGAUUAAACCAUGAGAAGCUUAAAGAUGAAAAGAUGAGACAACAAGUAAGAGAGAACAGUCUUGAACUUCGAGAGUUAGAAAAAAAACUAAAAUCUGCCUAUAUGAAUAAAGAAAGAGCUGCACAGAUUGCUGAAAAAGAAGCUAUACAAUAUGAGAAAAUGAAACGUGAGGCUGAAAUAGCCCAAAAAAUGAAGGAAGAGAACGAAAGGGUAAUAAAAGAAGAAAGUUCUGCAGAGCUGAGGCGAAAUAAAGAGAAGAUAAUAUAUCAGCAAGAACUGGAGAAACAGCUUGAGGAACAAGAGAGGAGGAAGCAGGAUGCUUAUGAAGAGUUUCUGAAAGAGAAACUCAUGAUUGAUGAAAUCGUAAGAAAGAUCUAUGAGGAAGACCAAAUGGAAAAACAGCUUAAGUUAGAAAAAAUGAGAGCAACUCAGACAUAUAUUGAAGAAUUUAAAAAAGAACAAGCUAUCUGGAGAAGAAGGAAACGGGAAGAGAUGGAAGAAGAAAAUAGGAAAAUCAUGGAGUUUGCCAACAUGCAGCGACGAAGAGAAGAGGAUCGGAAGGCUAAAGUUCGAGAAAAUGAGGAGAAAAAACAAAGACUUCAAAGCAAGAUUGCCCAGAAUCUGGAAAGAGAACAACAGAAGCGUGAAGAACUGGAACAAGUACGUCAAGAGCUGUAUCAGGAAGAACAAGCUGAGACAGACAGGAAGAAGGAGAUGGCAGAAAUUGAAAAGAGAAUAAGGCAACGUCUAGACUUAAGGCAAACAUAUGAAGAGCAAUUUGCUUUAAAGAAGAUAGUGCAACAAGCUAUGCAAGAAGAGGAGGAAGCCUUCAGACAAGACAUGUUAGCCAAAUUUGCAGAGGAUGAUCGCAUUGAACAGAUGAAUGCUCAGAAACGAAGAAUGAAACAGCUUGAACACAGAAGGGCUGUGGAAAAACUUAUUGAAGACCGUCACAAACAAUUUCUUGCAGAUAAAGAACGUGAACUUGAAGAAAGGCAGUUAGAAGAGAGAAGACAAGAAAAUAUUCGUGUAAUUGUUGAAGAAGAGAGACAGAAACUCCUGAAAGAGCAUGCAUCUAAAUUACUAGGUUAUCUUCCUAGAGGAAUACUCAAAGAUGCAGAUGACGUCAGCAUGCUUGGUGAGGAAUUUAGGUUGGCUUAUCAGAAGAGAAGUGGCAAUGCGUUUUCAGCAGAGAGCUAAAUCUCUCCCACCUCAUCCUCUGGUUCACCACUAGAUGUCAUCUGGUCUCUAAAGAUCUUCAUUUGCUGUUACAGUGAGGAGUUCCUUCUUAAUGUUACAAAAAGAGUCUCCAUUUUAAGGCCAGAGCUCUAAACUGAUGAGCAGCUACUUUUAAGUGUUUGUUGUACUUUUUUUCCUCUCACCAAUAAAGGAUUUGUUAUGGAUUUCUCUAUCACUGUAUGUAAGACAAUGAGGUUAGUUCUGCAGUAAUGUUUAAAAAUGUUUUCUUCAAGAACUUUACAGAAACUUAAUGCAGUGUAAAUUCAGAUGUCUAUCUCAGUAUGGACUACUGAUUAUCUUAAAGCACUAUUUCUGUUUUUAAUUUGAAGACUUAUCUACAUUGGCAUUUCACUAUUAAAAUACUAAUCUACAUGUAGAUUGUCUCAUCCCAAAUGGCAGGUCAGAGUUGCUUGUUUCAUUGCUAGUCAUUUUCCUUUGCUUCUAGCAGGGUCUAAGUUUAAACAGGUCUCGUUCUGAGGUCAGAACUGUUGUUUAUUCCCUUCUUUCAGUGAUAAACCUCUCACUUAUGUUUCAUGUUUGUGUUAAAUUACUCCAAGGAAGGAAUCAAUUGAAAUAGCUGAGGUAUGACAGAGAUUCAUGCAACCAGUGCAUCCUUUGCAGUUUUUGUUCAUUGAUGUACACACAGUAUGUUCAGCUCAUCUGCACUCAAAAUUCUAUCUAGUUCUUGAUUGUGAUGACACCAUUACAAGGUCUUUAAGGAGGUAAUAAAUAUCUAUACAGCACCUGUGAAAAUAGAGCCAUCGCUUCAAACUGUAUCCUAAGCAGUAUCUGAUGGCUGGGGAAAGAUUCCAGCCUUUCUUCUUGACUAAAUAAAGCAGCAAUUUUAAACAA